UUUCAGCGUUGUGGAAAAACAGCAUCCAGCUGUUAGUUUUGUUUUUGCCAUUUUCAGAAAAGAUCGAUCUUUGUAAACACGAUGGAAGAAGUGACUCCACGAUCCAACGAAUACUGGAAACGAGCUUAUCUCGGCCCGCUGCCGGAUGAGUUUCUACGUGUUACGACGGCACAGGACAUUCAGGAAGUUUCGGACAGACAGGCGGCUUUGGCGCUACAAAAUAUUCAAAACUCCUACACGCCGUACAUGGCUCCCAACUUUGUCGGUCGUUUGAGCAUCACCGUCGCGCAAGCGAAGCUGGUUAAAAACUAUGGCAUCACAAGAAUGGACCCGUAUGUUCGCCUCCGAGUGGGGCACUUCGUGUACGAAACUCAAACGGCAACGAACGGUGGUAGGAAUCCACGCUGGAACCGUGUCAUUCACUGCCAGCUACCGGCCGGAGUCGAUACGAUCUCCCUUGAGUUGUAUGAUGAAUGUAACUUUUCCAUGGACGAGCUGAUUGCUUGGGCCGAAAUACGCAUUCCACAGUCGGUGCUGCGGGGAGAAACCCUGGAAGAAUGGUUUCCGCUUAGCGGAAAGCAAGGCGAGGGCCUCGAAGGUAGCAUCGAUAUGGUGAUGAGCUUUAAUAAUGUCGUCGUUCAGCCUCGAAUGAUACAAACCAAUGCACCGGUUGUGUUGGUCCCAAAUGUCGCAAGUGGCACACGGAUGCCUGUUUUUGUCGCCCCAAAUCAGCCGCAAGUAGCCCGUCCUCCUCCUGUACUCUCCGAGGAAGAUUUGACCCGCAUUCAUGAGAUGUUUCCGCAGAUUGAUAAAGAAGUCAUUAAAUCAGUUGCAGUGGCUAACAACCAAGACCGGGAUGCGGUCAUCAAUGCGUUGCUACAGAUGAGUAGCUAAAUGUUACAUGAAAACUGCUAGUGAAAGUGUUUAGCUUUGCCUGUGCGGAUUCUCUUUGCAGUGGAUGCAGAAGAUUUUAUUGAACCCUUCCAGUAAUCGUUUUUUUCUAUUUUACCAUCAGCUUCUAUAUGUAAUAAAUAAUCAUACGCUAACUCUAUAGACAU